AAAAGAAAAGUCGCACUCGCUCACACACAGAGAAAAAGAAAUCCCUUCUUCCCAAACGCGCCUCAUGGCCUGUGUGCCGGAAUAUUCUCAUCGGUUCCGCAGCUGAGCGGCUCGCCGGAAAGUUUGAGAAGAGCACGCGUCUCCGGCAGCUGACUCAGUGUGUUGUCUUAUUACUGUUUGUAGUUGUACAAGUAUCUGUUUGUGGUGAGGGUUUCUGGUUUCUGCUAAAAGAUUUCAGCUUGAGAGGGGAUUUUUGAGGGGGUAAAGGAAACAUGUAUGUGGUUCCUCCUCCCAAUAGAUCCGAUCCGUUAUCUGGAUCCGCAAACGGGUCGGAUGAACUCCGAGUUUACCAGACCUGGAAGGGCAGCAACAAAUUUUUUCUUCAAGGAAGGUUUGUUUUUGGCCCAGAUGUAAGGUCGCUGGCCAUCACCAUAAUCCUGAUUGUGGCACCUGUCACUGUUUUUUGUGCCUUUGUGGCCAGAAAGCUAGUGGAUGAUUUUAGUGACAACUGGGGGGCAUCAAUCAUGGUCAUUGCCAUUGUUUUCACAUUUUAUGACUUGAUUCUUCUCUUGUUAACAUCUGGAAGAGAUCCUGGUAUAAUCCCUAGAAAUGCACACCCGCCCGAACCCGAAGGCUAUGAAGGGAAUGUGGAAGGUGCUCAAACUCCACAAUUGCGCUUGCCUCGUAUUAAGGAAGUUGAAGUUAAUGGCGCCACAGUGAAAAUUAAGUACUGUGAUACGUGUAUGCUUUAUCGGCCCCCACGCUGCUCACACUGUUCAAUAUGUAAUAACUGUGUUGAAAGAUUUGACCACCACUGCCCUUGGGUUGGCCAGUGCAUAGGAUUGAGAAACUACCGAUUCUUUUUCAUGUUCGUCUUCUCAACAACUCUGCUAUGCAUAUACGUUUUCGGUUUCUGCUGGGUCUACAUUAGAAGGAUCAUGGUGAGCGAGCAGACUUCGAUAUGGAGGGCAAUGAUCAAAACUCCCGCCUCCAUUGUUCUGAUUAUCUACACUUUCAUCGCAGUUUGGUUCGUCGGUGGCCUUACAGCUUUCCAUCUCUAUCUCAUCAGUACAAAUCAGACGACGUAUGAGAACUUCAGAUAUAGAUACGACAGGCGAGCCAACCCUUACAACAAAGGAGUGGUUGAAAAUUUCAAGGAAAUAUUCUGUGGGCCCACUCCCCCUUCCAAAAAUGACUUCCGGGCCAUGGUGCCUCGAGAGCCCGCUCGAUCCGUGGGCUUCGUGAGCCCAAACAUGGGAAAAGCCGGUGAUGAUAUCGAGAUGGGGCGGAAGGCCGUGUGGGGAGAUGUGGGCCCUGUUUUGGACCAGCCCGAGGCCCAAUUGAGCGAUAAUGAUGUUGGGAAGGAAGGUAGAUUGGGUGAGAUGAUGUCACCACUGGAGAUAAGGACGACAGUUGAUGCGCACCACGCAAAGCGGUCGAGCUGGGGGAGGAAGAGCGGCAGCUGGGAAAUGUCGCCGGAGGUUCUUGCGCUGGCUUCCAGAAUGGGGGAGACGAGCAGUAAUGUCCGGUCAACAGACCCCAAGUUGUGACAGCCGAUGGAUGACAAGGUUUGUGUGCUUUUUCUAAUCAUUAAAUUAAUGUGUGCUGCCUGUGAUAUGAAGAACAAAAAAAAGAGAAACAUGAUUGCUGUUAAUGGAGUUUAGUUUACUAGUUUUUGGCUUCUCAUUUUAUUUGUGGCUGCCAGCGUUGUGACUAUUGUUGUAUUGUUACCUUGUUUGUGGUGUGGUGUUUCUUUUGUUGCUUCUGCUCGGAAGUUGAUUGUGAAAUACUUGUGCCUUGUC